AAUGUGGGAGAAGCCUCGCUGACUUCGCGAAAUUUUGUGGGAAUUGCGGAGCUCAAGUUCAACAUGUUAAAGAUAAAGAUUCAGCUACAAGUGGCAGUCGGGCAAUAGAGGUUGGAUGUCUCUCACCAGAUGCAAAGAAAAGCCUUGCAAUACUGAAAGCAAAAUAUUUGCCAAAGAAGAAAGAGAUAAAAGAAAAGAAAGGGGAGAGGAGCAGUGUGAAUGAAAUACAAAUCCAAAUUAUGGAUGGAAAGAAAAAGGCACUUAAACGAGCAUUUCCUAGUGAAACUGGUUUAACAGGGACUUUAAAGAUGCCAGUAAAACCUGGAGAAAAUGCGAAGGACUGGAUGAAAAGAUUAACUAGCCAAUUCAGGGGAAAGAUAUCCUUUGUCCCUUUUAUUAUGGGACCAGGGGGUUUACAGGAAUUAAGUGAACCUGCAGCAUUUAAUAUAGAAAAUCUUUCUGCUUUAAAAACCCAAAGGAAGGCCAAGAUAUAUGCCUUAGCUAAAGGAAAAGGACCAGGAACUACCAAAGAUUUCUUCACCGAGAACAAUAUCUGAUGAAACAGACAGUGAGUCCUCAGAAAUGGAGUUUGUAAUGGAAAAGUCAAAAAAAGAAUUACCACAAAUUUUUUCCAAGAAAAUGAGGAAGAGGAAAAAGUCUGCAGCUAAGCCGGUGGAAGAAUAUUCAGUACAUAUUUCUGAUGAUUCUGACCUACCAGACAUCCCCUCAGAUAUUACAGAUCCAAAGUGUGACUCUAAUUUGAAAACAUCCACUCCAAAGAAAAGUGCAUGGUCUACUGCUACGGUUACCACUGAAGAUAAAAUACAGAAUUUCAAAUCCAUUCCAAAAGAAAGUGCAUGUUCUACUGCUACAGUUACAAAUGAAGAUAAAAUACAGAAUUUCAAAUCCAUUCCAAAAGAAAGUGCAUGUUCUACUGCUACGGUUACCAAUGACGAUAAAAUACAGUUGAUGGAGUCACCUAAUUCAUAUUUUGAGCAAGGGCAGUCUCAUUUGUCACCUGAGAAAGAGAUCAUAGACCAGGAGAUAAAAAAGCUUUUUGAUCUCAUGGACAUGAAGAUAAAGAGAAAAAAGAUGGCUGAUGAUGCUGUCAUUUCCUAUCCUCGUAAAGAGGAUCGGAAAUUCAUUACCAUUAUUUAUGAAGAUCAUGGAGGGAUGUCUUUUACAAGACCGUUUUGUAAAGACGACACUCUGCAGAGUAUUUUCACAUAUAUAUGCAGGGAAGUAGAGGCAGAAAUCCUGCCACCUGUCUUCCACCUGGAGUGUGUGAAUCCACUGAAAUGUCUGGUUGAAGGUUGCAAACAUUGUUAUGAGCUGGAAGCCAGCCACCAUGAGUUUAUUUCUUCACUGCCAGAUGUAUUAAUUCUUAAAGAAGGGAACUUCUUAAUGGAUGAUACAAUGACCAAUUUUGGAAAUGUGCUCAUGUAAGGGACAGGACCUUCACCACCAAAACGUGUAUAUCUACACUAGCUCUAAUUAUCUCUACACAUGUAGUGUGUUGUUCAUCAUUAAAUACAUAUUGUUUCCAUAACUUUUAUGAUACAUGUAUUAUGUACAUUGAAAUGAAUAUUAUCAUGUACAUUAAAAGAAUUGCUCAAAGAAAAUUUAAAAGGAAAUCAUUUUAAGGUAAUUUGAAUGUUAGCCACAGAUCAGUUUCUCUUAUUUCUUUUUUAUUUGUCACAAUGGGUUAUCAUAAUUUCUUCUCCUUUAAUUGUUUUUACGUCUCUUCUUACUGGUAUUUAUAUGCAAUAGUUUUCCUUACAUGAAAGA